UCCACUCAGCCGCCUGCCUGCUCUGCAAACUUCUUGUAAAUUUAGUAACGAUGUGGCUUGAGUGCCCAACUUCUGAAAUUAACACCGCCGCCAAGGCGAAGCCGGAGUAGCUGAGACAGCCCCGCAGCGAGUCGGUGUGUUGCUCUCCGCCUUCCACCGAGCUUGACACUGCGGAGGGGGGAGGAGCAGCAGCAACACCCCAUCCUGCCCUCCCGAGCUCAGCUGUAGCUCACUAAUUCUCGCUCCCUCCCUCUCCUCCCCCGCCCUCCCCCAUGUACCACUCCAACAAGCGCGUGCCCCAUCCCCGCAGCGCCAGCCUUGCCAGUAAGGGAGCUCCUUGGGAACGUUCCGCUGCACCACCAAGAGGGGAGUGUUGCAAAGCGAAGAACCGCAGCGAACGCAGAGCCGCUCCAGGAGGGAUUAAUUAAAGCAGGAGGUGACUGGGGGACCAGGGCAGAAUGUGCGCGCCUCCCUCUUUUCCCGCCCUUGGCGCAGAGAGGGGGAGGAGGACUGGGACUAUGGAAGCACUAGCGGGGCAGUGCAGCCGGACACUCGUCCCCAUCUUCUCAGUCACCUUGUGGCUCCUUUACUCGGCUCCACAGGCUGGUGGAGAACAAAGCCAAGGAGCUGUUUUUCUGCGUGAGUUUACAUUGAUUCGGAGAGAGAGUCUCAAUGAAGAUUUUCUUUCGGAUUUGCUGAAUCAUAACCACAAAACUGAAGAUACGAGUUCUCGAACUGCUCGAUCUGAAGAGGACCGAGAUACCCUCUGGGAUGCCUGGGGUUCAUGGAGUGAAUGUUCUCGGACUUGUGGAGGAGGUGCCUCUUACUCCCUCAGACGCUGCCUGAGCAGCAAGAGCUGCGAGGGGCGGAAUAUCAGAUACAGAACAUGCAGCAAUGUGGACUGCCCUCCAGAAGCAGGCGAUUUUCGGGCCCAGCAAUGUUCUGCACACAAUGAUGUCAAGUAUCAGGGGCAGUUUUAUGAAUGGCUCCCUGUCUCUAACGAUCCUGACAACCCAUGCUCAUUGAAGUGCCAGGCCAAAGGGACAAGCCUUGUUGUGGAACUGGCACCUAAAGUCCUGGAUGGAACCCGAUGUUAUACUGAAUCACUAGAUAUGUGCAUCAGUGGCUUGUGCCAAAUUGUUGGCUGUGAUCACCAGCUGGGAAGCACUGUGAAGGAAGAUAACUGUGGGGUCUGCAAUGGAGAUGGGUCCACCUGCCGGCUUGUUCGAGGCCAAUAUAAAUCUCAGCUCUUGGCAAAUAAACCGGAUGACAUUGUGGUUGCUAUUCCCUAUGGAAGUCGGCACGUUCGCCUAGUGCUGAAAGGACCUGAUCACUUAUAUUUAGAAACCAAGACUCUGCAAGGUGUGAAAGGUGAAAACAGUCUUGGCUCCUCGGGCUCUUUUCUUGUCGACAAUUCUAGUGUUGACUUCCAGAAGCUUCCUGACAAGGAGAUACUGAGAAUGCCUGGCCCUCUCGCUGCAGACUUCACUGUUAAGAUCCGUUAUGCUGGUGCUGCUGACAGUACGGUUCAGUUUAUUUUCUAUCAGCCUAUUAUCCAUCGAUGGAGAGAAACUGAUUUUUUCCCUUGUUCUGCUUCCUGUGGUGGAGGUUAUCAGCUGACUUCUGCUGAGUGCUACGAUCUGAGAAGCAGUCGAGUGGUGGCUGAUCAAUAUUGCCACUACUACCCUGAAAACAUCAAGCCAAAGCCAAAACUUCAAGAGUGCAACCUGGACCCUUGUCCUGCAAGUGAUGGAUACAAGCAGAUCAUGCCCUAUGACCUCUACCAUCCUCUUCCUCGGUGGGAAAGCACUCCGUGGACUGCCUGUUCUUCCUCUUGUGGAGGAGGCAUUCAGAGCCGCACAGUCUCUUGUGUAGAAGAGGACAUCCAGGGGCUUAUAAGCUCUGUAGAGGAAUGGAAGUGCAUGUACACCCCAAAGAUGCCCAUUGUCCAGCCCUGCAACAUUUUUGAUUGUCCUAAGUGGUUGGCGCAAGAAUGGUCUCCGUGCACUGUGACAUGUGGCCAAGGCCUGAGGUACCGAGUGGUUCUGUGCAUUGAUCACAGAGGGAUGCAUACAGGCGGCUGCAGUCCUAAAACAAAGCCUCACAUCAAAGAAGAAUGCAUAGUUCCUACUCCUUGCUACAAGCCCAAAGAGAAACUUCCUGUUGAAGCUAAGCUACCAUGGUACAAGCAAGCCCAGGAGCUGGAAGAAGGAACUAUGGUGUCAGAAGAACCAACGUUUAUUCCUGAAGCCUGGUCUGCCUGCAGUGUGACCUGUGGGGUUGGCAUCCAAGUGCGUUUGGUGAAGUGCCAGGUGCUUCUGUCUUUUUCUCAGUCUGUGGCCGAUUUGCCCAUUGAUGAAUGUGAAGGGCCCAAGCCAGCAUCAGAACGAGCUUGUUAUGGUGGCCCUUGCAAUGGAGAGACUGGGGAAUAUAGCCCCGAAGAACCUGAUCUGUUCUAUGGAGUCUCGCAAGAUUUUGAUGAACUUUACGACUGGGAGUAUGAGGGCUUCACAGAGUGCUCCGAGUCUUGUGGAGGGGGUGUCCAAGAGGCAGUAGUGACUUGCCUGAAUAAACAGACCAGAGACUUUGCAGAUGAAAAUCUGUGUGUCAGCAUCAGACGUCCCCCACAGCUGCUGAAGGCUUGUAACCUGGAACCUUGCCCCCCAAGGUGGGAGAUGGGGAAGUGGAGUUCUUGCAGUCUUACCUGUGGUGUGGGCCUGCAAACCCGUGAUGUCUUCUGUUCUCACCUGCUCUCGAGAGAGACUAAUGAGACGGUGAUUUUGGCAGAAGAGCUGUGUCACAAACCCAAGCCCACGCUGGUACAAGCCUGCAAUCGUUUUGACUGCCCCCCUUCCUGGUACCUGGCAGAAUGGCAACAGUGUUCACAGACAUGUGGGGGAGGCAUGGAGAAGCGGGAGGUGCUCUGCAAGCAGCGCAUGGCCGACGGAAGCUUUCUGGAGCUUCCGGAAACAUUCUGUUCCAGUGUGAAGCCAGUCUCCCAACAAGCCUGCAAAAAUGAAGACUGUCGCCCUGAAUGGCUUCUCUCAGACUGGACACAGUGUUCUGUGAGUUGUGGUGAGGGAACCCAGACACGCAAUGCUAUUUGCAGGAAAAUGCUGAACACUGGACUUUCUGCCAUCAUCAACUCGUCCCUAUGCCCACCGUUGCCAUUCUCAUCUUUGGUAAGACCGUGUGCACUAGCAACCUGUGCAAGACACCAGAGACCAGCUCACAAGCAAGUCCCCCUUAUAAUGGCCCAAAAGAAAGUUUUUAUUCAAACAAGAAAGCAGAAAAAGCUGCAAUUCAUUGUUGGUGGGUAUGCCUACCUGCUCCCCAAAACCUCUGUUAUCCUUCGAUGUCCAGUGAGAAGGUUCCGGAAACCAAUGAUCACAUGGGAGAAAGACGGCAAACGACUCAUCAGCUCAGUUCAUGUUACUAUCGCUCUAUAUGGAUAUAUGAAAAUCCACCGAUUGAAGCCCUCAGAUACAGGGACAUACACUUGCACAGCAGGGCCAGCUCAGGAACAUUUUGUUAUUAAGUUGAUAGGAGGCCACAACAAACGUAUUGCCAGUAUGUCAGUUGGGAUGAAGGAAGAAGAAGCCACAAGGAAGGCCAGUUUGAAUGAUGCCUUGCAUGCCCAGGAGAAGCAUCUGAAUGGAAUUCUUUUCAAUGGAAGCAAGACUGAGAAAAGAGGACUUCUUACUGACCCUAGCAGCCAGUAUGACGACAUUGUCUCAAGACUUCUGGAGUACAGAGGCUGGCCUCGCGACAACACAGAGCCAUGGGAAGGUCAGGACUCUACAGAGAGAAACAUCUCCUCAGAGGAAGAGCAGGGCCAUGAGUACAGCCUUCCUUUCACCAUGGUUGCCAAUCAGGACCGCUUGGAUGACAUCCUAAGAAACGUGUCUCAGCAGCCUGAGGAGCUUAAGGAUGUUUAUAGCAAGCAGCUCGUUGCACAGCUGGCCCAUGAGAUUUUCAAGAGUCAUUUGGAACAUCAGGAAUCCCUUUUCAAAACCCAAGGAAGUAGGGUCAGUUCUGCUUCAGUGGAGUUCCCAUUCAGCAAGCAUUUUUCUGAAUUCACCAGCUCCUUGCGAACAUCUUCGGCGGAAGCACACUUGUCUACAUCUGUGGAACUCAUAAAUGGCUCACGUGGACCUCAUAAAAAGCCCGCCAUACUCAAGAAGAUCUCUGCAGCACAGCAGCUCUCAGCAUCUGAAGUUGUCACCCAUCUAGGACAUACAGUAGUUUUAGCCAGUGGGACCCUGAGUAUACUUCUUCACUGUGAGGCUGUUGGAAACCCAAAGCCUGCCAUUAGCUGGGCAAAGAAUGGAGAGGCUGUGCACUACAGUGACAGGAUACUUCUUCAGCCAGAUGAUUCUUUGCAGAUCCUGGAGCCAGUUGAAGCUGAUGUUGGCUUUUAUACCUGCAAUGCAACUAACGCAUUUGGAUCGGACUCUGUUUCCAUUGCUGUCACAUUAGCAGGGAAACCAUUAAUAAAGACAUCAAGAGCCACCCUGAUCAACAAGGACUUGCCUGACAUCACUGUUGAUAUUGGAAGCACAGUGAAAACAGUCCCAGGAACAAAUGUGACGAUUAGCUGCCAAGUUGCAGGUGUUCCAGAAGCAGAACUCACCUGGUUCAGGAAUAAAACCAAGCUGGGCCCUGGGCUUCACCUGCAUGACGGAUCGCUAGUGAUUGCAAGUGUCUCUCUAUCUGAUCAGGGGUUAUAUUCCUGCAGGGCAGCCAACAUCCGUGGUGAAAUGACUGAAAGCACACAGCUGCUGGUCCUGGACCCACCGCAACUCCCUCGUCAAUUGGAAGACAUGGCAGCAGCUUUAUCUAUCAUUGGGCCUGGUGUUCCUUCAGUGAUAGCAUCUCCUUCAGGAACAAGAAAGGUGCUGAGCCCCGGGAGUUCUUUGCUCAUCGGCUGCCCAGUGGAUGGUCACCCACUUCCUAACAUCACUUGGUUUUAUGCUGGUCAGCCCAUCAAUAUGCCUCAUCACACAUUGGCAGCUGGUCAGAUUCUUCAGAUACUGAACAUCAGCUACGAUUUUCAGGGAGAAAUCAGCUGCAUGGCUCAAAAUGAGGCAGGCUUGCUUGUACAAAAAACCUAUCUGAUAAUCCAAGAUUAUGGGUGGUCAGUGGGCAAGAUGUCACCCUGCUCAGCAUCUUGCGGUAACAAAGGAUUCCAACAUCACCAGCUGAGAUGCUUACUAGAUGGAGCCCAAGUCAACAUUUCACUCUGCAUCGAGAAGCCCAAGCCAGCUCUGCAGCCCAUUGCUUGUAAUAGAAGAGACUGCCCUUCAAGGUGGAUGGUGACAUCGUGGUCCCACUGUACACAAAGCUGUGGAGGAGGCAUCCAGACCAGGCGGGUGACAUGUCAGAAGCUGACGGCUUCAGGCAACUCUCUCCCCUUGUCAAACGACAGGUGUGCUCAAGUGGCCAAGCGUCCUGUAGAUACCCAGAGCUGUAAUCGACAGCUAUGUGUGGAGUGGGCAACUUCUGCCUGGAGCCAGUGUAAUGGACCAUGCAUUGGAUCACGAUUGGCAGUACAGCACAGGCAAGUUUUUUGCCAGAGCAGGGAUGGGAUAUCUCUGCCUUCGGACCAGUGCAGUUCCCUUCCAAGGCCUUUGAGCACACAGAACUGCUGGACGGACAAUUGCGGCGUUCACUGGAGAGUCAGUUUAUGGACUCUGUGUACAGCUACCUGCGGGAACUACGGCUUCCAGUCGAGACGAGUGGAGUGUGUGCGUGUGCGCACCAACAAGCCCGUGCAAGAGCACUUUUGCUCUUGGAGACCGAGGCCUGCCAACUGGCAGCGCUGCAACAUCACCCCCUGCGAAAAUAUUGAGUGCAGAGACACGACCAGGUACUGUGAGAAGGUGAAGCAGCUGAAGCUCUGCCAACUCACACAGUUCAAAUCACGCUGCUGUGGGACGUGUGGGAAAGCGUGAAGAAGGCAGCGGAAGAUAGGAUGAAUUGGAGACCCACUGGCCUUGCUCUGCUUUGAUAUGAGGAGGGCUCCUUGAGAAAUAAUUGGAUAAUUGGAAUAGAAUUGCCUCAUCUUCCAUUUUAUUUAUUUAUUUUUUCCUCUUUUUAAUCUUUUUAAGAAAACCUUUUUAACUGAGUUGUUUUUUAAAAGAACUUGACAAGGUUUCCCUUCUAAUGAGGUUGGGAGACAGAAAUGCAACAAGUCACAGUUCAUUAUGAGGGUGGGGACCAAGAGAGAGAGAGAAUGCACAUGCAAGCAUCGGGAAUGGAACUCCAUAGAAGAUUCCAGGAUAACCUGAUGGACAGAGAGAAGAUGUUGAAGCAAAUGGACCCUCUCAAUGCCAGCUACAUCAUCAGGGUGUGAAUCAGAGUGGGAUUUCAUAUUACAUACACGCAUACAAGGGGGAUUGCAACAAUAAGUAGCUCUCCGCCUGGAUUGACCUUGUAUUUGAUCUUGGAAUGCUUGCUAUCAUAAGGGAAUACAGACUACCAUUAAGAAAUGGUAACAUACCAUGGUAUGCAUGCCGCCACUUGGACAGCGGUUGUCUGUAGUGUUCUACCACUGAGUGAAAAGAAAUUUAUCACACAUUCUUGUUAAUCAGAGAGCUGGGCGCUUUCCAGACUAGCUGCUCAACAGCAGCAAAAUGCCACCAUUCAGGCAAGCCACAUUCAAAAGGUAAACAGCAUGGGGAGCAGUCUUGUGGAAACUAACCACCUGAAAAAACAGUAAUUUUCUUAUGUCGGAUAGGCGACGUCCUAGUUCUAUAUCACAGUGAUUAAAUUAGAAACAAGGCACUGGGAAUGUGAACGGCACCCUGCUGUCUGCAUAGGGACUGCAGUGUCACAACACAGGAAGUAUGGAAGCACACUUCCAAGAUACGACGUGACCCCAUUGGAGGGUCUAAUCUGGAAAGCGCCCUGGGGAAAGAGUAAAAUUCUCCUUACCACCUGGCAGAAUGCUGCAGAUGACUGGCUUCCCAAGUGUGGCCAGCAGUUAAGUUUCCACUUGAGAAGCAAUUGCUUUUUUUUCAUCCAUAAUGGUUUUUAAUAUGGCUUUGUUCCUCUGACACAACUUGGAGCUUCCUGUUGUUUGUCAUGCUCAGGAUGCAUAACUUGGUUAAGGAAGAGAGCUGGUCUUGUGGUGGCAAGCAUGACUUGUCCCCUUAGCUAAGCAGGGUCUACCCUGGUUGCAUAUGAAAGGGAGACUAAAAGGGUGAGCACUGUAAGAUAUUCCCCUUAGGAGAGGGGCCACUCUGGGAAGAGCAUCUAGGUUUCAAGUUCCCUCCCUGGCUUCUUCAAGAUAGGGCUGAGAGAGAUUCCUGCCUGCAACCAUUCCUGCCUUGGAGAAGCCGCUGCCAGUCUGUGAAGACAAUACUGAGCUAGAUAGACCAAUGGUCUGACUCAGUAUAUGGCAGCUUCCUAUGUCCCUAUGAUUGUCAAAACACUGCACCAGAACAAGAUCCGUUUUAAUCAUGUGACCUGAAUGGAUGUAUAGAACCAUUUGAAGAGCAGGUCCUUAUACCACAAUCCAAAAGCUAGUCCUGGAAGAAAAGGUGCACCCAGACCAGCACUCUGGGUCACCGUUCACAUGUCACAAUUCACUUUUAUCCUUCACAGUCCUGGUAUCCAUCUCUUCCUCCCAUGGCUGGAAGACAAAUAUGAAAUACUGAAUUUGUGCAGUGAUGUCAGUUUAAUCGAAAUGUCCUUGAUGCAUUUUGAACUUGACUUAAAAUAAGAAGAUACUGAUCCAGGGUCACAGGUUCCAGGAUAGACAACCAAGCUGGAAAGUACUAACAUUAAUGAUGAAAAAUGUGAAUUGCAUCUAGAAUGAAUGGGUGCAUAAGUGCAAUGAUGCCUGUUCUGUAUAAAGAUACAGAAUCAAAAAUGCUCAGGCACAGCUCCAUGGUCUACUGGCACUACAGGAAUAGAUGCUGAUGAACCUGUUUAAAUGGCUGCAUGGAAUCACACCCCCAGACCUAAUAGCUGGGGCGGGGGAGGGUUAGCACACCCAUACCUAAUAGAAUGCCUCCCCACAAGGCAAUUCACACAUGUGCUAAAAAACACUUAACAUCUUGGUGCACCAUGAGUCACACCACCCUCAGUGAAACGUACAUCUAAAUAAUGUGGUUAGGAUCAUUGGGCCACAUUCUGCACAGUGCAAUGUGCUAUUGUACAUCUGCAAGAGUUGCACAACGCCAGAGUAAUCCUGCACAAUUCUUAUGGUUGCACAAGCAGACAGAUCCUUAAUUACAGUCAUCAACCAGAUAAGAAAGCAUCAUACAGUUUGUGGCAGACAAUAAGACCCUGUUGCGUAUUUUGCAAGCUAUAAAGCAAAAUUUAGCCAGGUUUAUAGAAAUAUGUGGCACAUGCAUGUGUGCCCACACCAUUGCACAAGUGCAUGCUCCCAACAUCACAAGAUGCACAUUGCAUUGCGCAGCAUAGCAUGGAACAUUGUGCAGCCAAUGUACUAAGCAGGCUGCAAUCCACAGCAAGUUAUAAUGGACUCCUAGGACUGAAGUUGAUUUCCAGACUUUUCCAUCUGAAGUGGAAAUUCCUUGUGGCUGGGGAUGUGCAUUUCGUUUCGGAUACAAAACGUUUUGUGCACAAAACAGGCCAUUUCAGCUGUUUUGUAGCCAAAGCAAAACACCCAGUGCUCAAAACAGAAAAUUUUGUAGCCAAAACAAAACAUCCCUGUUUCGGAUACAAAACAUUUUGUUGUUUCAGCUGUUUUGGAACUCCAUUUUGCAAUCGCAAAAAGUCUUUCUCCUUCACUCUCCAUUUUGAGUUUUGACAUCUGUUUGAAUUUCCAGCCCUUCCAGCCUACAGAUUGGCCAGCGAAAGCAUGGGCGGAUCUCCUGGCAAUUGCCUCCUUAUUCCUUUUAAGCAAAUUUAAGGGUAAAUUUUACCCUCAUUGGCUAGUGGGGCAGUGUGCAUUUACCCUCAUUGGCCAGUGGGGCAGUGUGCAUUUCAUUGUUGUUGUUUCACACUGUUGUGUGUAGAUCAAUUGCAUUUCAGGUGGGGGGAUGUGGAUGUGCAUGACCUUAGGAAAUCUGCCUGAUUUUUUCCAAAGCUCUGCUGUUGUUAAUGUGUGAUGUUGAUGUUACUUGGGGUGGAUUCGGGGCAGAAAGGGGGCCUGAGGGGAAAAACAGUAGUUUGGGUGGCAGUGCCCCAAGGGGAGCCUGCCACAACCCAGAUUCCAAAGGAAUAGGGCAAAGGGCUGAUUUCUUAGGAAUUGUUGAAGUUCACGCUUCUUUAAGGUUUUUCCCCCCUAGGGAAUAAUGGAGGUUUCAGCAGACCCAUAACUCCACCUGGGGGGCACUGGGGUGGCCGGGAGCGAGUGGUGGUGUAGUGCUCAUAGGUUGCUAACCCAUGAGAUGCUGGGUUCUGUUAUUUCUGAGGUGUUCUGAGUGUAGAUUCUCUGGUAGCAUAUGAGAUUUUCAAUGACAAACCAUGAAUCCACUCUCAUAUGCUACCAGAGAAUCUGAAUCUACACUCAAAACAUCUCAAACAACAGAACCCAGUACCCCAUGGGUUAGCAACCCAUGGGGGUGGUUGGCACCCUAUGUGCUCUACACCACCACUCGCUUUGGGCCACCCUGGUGCCCCCCAAGUGCAGUUAUGGGGCAGGAAUUUUGGAGGUCCAUCAUUCCCUAUGGGGAAGAACUUUACAGAUGCGCAAACUCCAUUACAUCUUUAAAAAUCAGCCCUCUGCCCAAUUCCUUUGAAAUAAUUCUGGCAGCUUCCUUGCCCCCACUGGGCACUACCACCCAACCUACUCUGCUCUGGGCCACCCCUUUCCCCCCAACAUGAAGCUAUACUUUUGCUGAAACCUCCAUUCUUCCCUAUGGGAAAAAUCCUAUACUUCACCAAAAAUCUGCCCUUUGCCAAAUUCCUCUGAAAUGUGGGUGGUAGUUUCCACCCAUUGGACACUACCACCCCCACCCACUAGUUUUUCCCCGGGGCCAUUUUUUUAAAUCCAAAACGUCUCGGAUUUGGAUUUUGCAAUUUUGAACAAAGAACAAAAUUGGGGUGUUUCGGAUUUGGGCCAAAAAAAGAACAGAAAAAAAAACCCCACAGCCCUACUUGUGGCAGCAAUCUAGAUCAAGACUACUCUUGUGAAUGGCUCAAUAGGUGUUCUGCAGAUUUGCUUGUUGAAGUUUGACAAACCUGGCUUGUCUCAUGUGAGUUGCAAUCUGCAUUUGCAGGCCAUACACAGAGGUGGAGAAGGAAGCCCACUCUGUAUGGGGCAGCUGCUGUGACUGCACAGUGGCCUAUUGCUGCCUGCAGAGCUGACUCCCAAUAGCAGAGCAAGAGCCCAAGUUCUCUCUUGUACCAGUGCUGGGACACUGAACACAGCACUUCAGAGCAUGGGAUUGGUUCAGUGCAGAAUAAUUUUAAGUAUCCACUGGUUUUAUGUAGUUUGGCCUUAGUGAGUCUGGGUUCUGAGCAUCUUCAAGUCAAUAGGAAUUAAUGAAGCCGGGAAUGAAGCCCUCAAGGAGGUAAAAGGCCUGAGCUACAGCGUUUGGAUCUGAACGUGACCAGCAUGUGUGUGGCGGGGUGGUCUCCAGUUCCGAGAUUUGGGUUCCUCACCAGUGCUGUAAGAGGAGAUGGCUUGGCCUCUGAUGUCUCACACACACACUCACACACAAUGUGUGUCACUUGUAUCAUUGAUGGGUUGCAGCUUUAAUCACCGGUGUAUUUUAAAGCAAGCCUGGAUGUCCUCUGUUGAGGUCACCAUCAGGUCCGUCAGAUGGAAUUGACUCCAGUUUGGGGUCAUUCCAAAAUGUGUCUGGCAGGGAAUAUGCUCUCUCUCUCUCUUCAGAAGGGUCUCUGAGCUAUUAUGUUGCUAUGAAUCAAUGCAACGUUUAUUUAAGAAAAAAGAAUGCCUUUCUAUGUAUGUAAAUGUAUCUUUUGUGUAUAUUUAUUAGAAUUUCUUGUAUAAAAAGUGCAAUAUGAAUAAUUGUACAUUAUGUUGUCCAGAGGAAACUAUUGGGAGAGAGCUUUUCUGUGAUCUCCCUGAGGGUGUUUUUUGUAAUAUCAGUGAUAAUGUAUCCCACCCACUACCCAUCCCUGGCGCGCAUUUUUAACAGCACUUGUGUUUAACCUUCGAUGUAUACAGAGCAAAUUGCAAUGUCUUAGAGGAGUAAAGGGGGGAUGCUUCUAAACUGCCAAACAUGUAGUUACUCAUGGAGCAAAAAGUGGAUUCCUUAAUGUUGGCUGUUUCAGACAUUCAGCAGAGUAUUUGCCUUUAAUAGCUGAACUCCUCUGGAUGAUCACCUCUGAUCUUCACUAACUCAUCACAGUGUUCAAGUGAGCUUCUCUUCUAAAGUCCCUGGCUGAACGAUCUCUGUGUGCAUCACAUGCAAACUGGCUUCCCUAUUCAUUACAGUACAGAGGGAAGCUCCAUGCAUGCAUCCCUUUGUUGUUCCUCUCCAUUGAUGUGAAUGCGGAAAGCCCUUGCAGGCUGGGGAGCUCCAGAUGGAGAGCAGAUUCCUGACCCACAAGGAAUUUCUGGAGUGGAGCAAAGAGAUGCUGUCCACUUCCCACUGCUGAAGUCAACCAGGACCAUUCAUGGUGCCAGGUUGCACUCAAGGGCAAAGUGGCUAGGCCCCUUUGCACACCGUGGCCACCAUCUUCAGCAUAGAGCACUUGCAGAAGUCCCAUGGAGACUCACAUGUUUGUAACUGUGCAAAGGCUUGCAGCCUAUGAAUGUAAUUUUCAAAUGUCUUCUGAUGAAAUGUGACUUGAUAGCAUCAUUGUAAGUUUAUUUGGGUUGACAAAUAUUACAGGAGGCGGCUUUCCUCCCCUUUAAAAAACACACACAAAAACUUGUUUAUAUAAUUUUUAGUACAAAUAAUGCAUCUUAUUUAUUUA